UAUAUGAAAUUAGCAGGUUUCUAAUUCUAGAGAGGGGUACAAUGGAAACACGUUGGUCGAGAAGGACAGUAAUUCAUCAUGGCCAAAGCAGUUCACCAUUACUACAAAGCUCUCCUAAUUCCCCAGAUCCAUUCGUAAUAUUCGAAACGCAACAGUCGGUGUCGGUGACUCACUGGCCUAGGACGAGCAGCAUGGCCCCUCCAAGGCAGUUCAGGAGACAACCAUAUUCCAGUUCAUCAUUACUACCAAGCUUCGCUCCCUCGGCUCACUACGCAUUCCUCGACACUACUGAGCAGCCGGCAUUGGAGACUGGCCGGGCUGGGAAUAGUAGUUGUGGUGUCCCUCUGCCGGGCUCGAUUAUCCGCUGGAAUUGGCCAGUCCAGCAAACAUCGUCACCACAAUAUGCCAGUUGGCUACCACCGACCGCCCAUCCUCAGAGGGCAAUGGAACCAAGAUCAGAGCCGUACGCAGAAGCAAGGAGCAGUCGUAGGAAUCCCUCACUGAAUCUCAUCAGGAGAGACGUGUACACACCAAAGGAAAGUGAUGGAAAUGAAGACACAAAGAGUUGCACCGUUUGCUUAGAGGACUUUAGGGUUGGACAACAAGUGAUGCUCACUCCUUGUGAUCACAUGUUUCAUGAGGACUGCAUUGUGCCGUGGGUGGAGAGAAGUGACCACUGUCCCGUUUGUAGGUCUACACUUUCAGCACCAACUAAUAAUUGAGGCGCAUACUACUACAAUUCAUAUCUAGCCAAGGAAAAGCAAAUGGGGAAAUUUGAAACAUUUAAUUACUUGAUUGCUAUUCAUCUAGUCUAACAGCACAUAAAGAGUUUCUCCAAAAUAAUGAUUAUUGAGCUGAGAAAGUUAUAGCUGCCACCACUAUUAAUUAAAGGCGUGUUUUCACGAAGAAAGAAGCAGUACGUACUGUGAGGCAACGAGGGAUUUUGAUUAAAAUUAAUUGUUUCUAUUUUCUUAUCUAAUAAAUAUAUAUAGUUUUUAAAGAAGAUAUAACAAAGACCAUACUAAAAGAAUUAAUAUCAAUACGAGUUUAACUUUAUUCCA